AUGGGCUUUAUUCCGUCCAUGGCUUUAACGCUUGAUCAUUCUAUAUGGAUGCACAGUGACCGUUUUCGCAUCGAUGACUGGCUGCUCUAUGAAAACCACUCCACUAUAGCUUGUGGGGGUCGUACACUGAUCGAAGGAAAACUGUGGACCCGCGAUGGCCGUCUAGUGUUCUCCACAGCGCAGGAAGCCCUGAUCCGUGCUCCAAAGAAAGUCGAGCAGCCGUCUAGCAAUGGGAACUCGCACUAA